UCGAAUCCAUUUGUCUAUUACUCGGCGAACCGUUUCAAGAGUGGAAACUCAUCAGAAGUGUCAUUAUUCGGGAGAACUUUAUCACAAACAUAAUCUGUUUUUCCGCAGAUUAUAUUUCUGAUGAUAUCCGACAGAAGAUGAUCAACAAAUACCUGACAAAUCCAGACUAUAAUUUUGAGAAAGUGAACCGCGCGAGUCUGGCCUGUGGUCCACUUGUGAAGUGGGCUAUAGCUCAAGUCAAUUACGCCGAUAUGUUGAACAGAAUUGAACCGCUGAGGAAUGAGUUGAGCAAUUUGGAGGCCGAGGCGCAGAUCAAUAAGAAUCAGGCCAUUGAGACGGACUCUAUUGUCGCUCAGUUAGAGAAGAGUAUCGCCGCCUAUAAGGAAGAGUAC